UAGCAGAGAAAAAUGGCAUUUUAUUGAUUUUAAACAAUAGCAUUUAAAGUUAUACCUAUAAGUGGCACACAGAAGAUAUAUGCAGAGUUUAAAGAAUGAAAAUUAAACUCACAUGUGCCCACUACCCUACUUGAAAAACAGGAUUUACCAGAAGGCUCGAGUGGCCCUUCAGAUUGUAGUUUCUGGCCCCUCCCGUUCAGAGGUAACUCGCAUCCUGGGGUUCAUGUUGAUCAGUGGUGUUUAAAGUAUACCUGUAGGAAGUUCCAAAGUGCGGAAAGUGAACAAAACUUCCUUGCAGAGAAAUCUUGUACUUUCCUGUUUCAUCAUAUAUUUGUGUGACAAAUAUACAAAGACAGUGUUGAAGAUGUGGGUUAGUGAAAUUGAGACCUGGUGCUUCCUGAGGCUGGCAGCCCAGUUGAGCCUGAGGACUAGACUUCAGACAGUUAGCAGUUCCCGCCUCGUUGCCUUCUGUGUGCCCUGGUAUGACGCCGUGCCCAUGCAGUCCAGCAUGGUGUUAUGUUCCUGCCCGUCCCCAUCAAUGGUGAGGACCCAGACUGAGUCCAGCACAGCCCCUGACAUUCCUGAUGGCAACAGGCAGGGCCCCGCCGUGGACAGCACCGCAUCUGAGCGGCCUGAGGACUUCAAGUUUGGGAAAAUUCUUGGGGAAGGCUCUUUUUCCACGGUUGUCCUGGCUCGAGAACUGGCAACCUCCAGAGAAUAUGCGAUUAAAAUUCUGGAGAAGCGACAUAUCAUAAAAGAGAACAAAGUCCCGUAUGUAACCAGAGAGCGGGAUGUCAUGUCGCGCCUGGAUCACCCCUUCUUUGUUAAGCUUUACUUCACGUUUCAGGACGACGAGAAGCUGUAUUUCGGCCUUAGUUAUGCCAAAAAUGGAGAACUACUUAAAUAUAUUCGCAAAAUCGGUUCAUUUGAUGAGACCUGUACUCGAUUUUACACGGCUGAGAUUGUGUCUGCUUUAGAGUACUUGCACGGCAAGGGCAUCAUUCACAGGGACCUUAAACCGGAAAACAUUUUGUUAAAUGAAGAUAUGCACAUCCAGAUCACAGAUUUUGGAACAGCAAAGGUCUUAUCCCCAGAGAGCAAACAAGCCAGGGCCAACUCAUUCGUGGGAACAGCGCAGUACGUUUCUCCAGAGCUGCUCACGGAGAAGUCCGCCUGUAAGAGUUCAGACCUUUGGGCUCUUGGAUGCAUAAUAUACCAGCUUGUGGCAGGACUCCCACCAUUCCGAGCUGGAAAUGAGUAUCUUAUAUUUCAGAAGAUCAUUAAGUUGGAAUAUGACUUUCCAGAAAAAUUCUUCCCUAAGGCAAGAGACCUCGUGGAGAAACUUUUGGUUUUAGAUGCCACAAAGCGGUUAGGCUGUGAGGAAAUGGAAGGGUACGGACCUCUUAAAGCACACCCAUUCUUCGAGUCUGUCACGUGGGAGAACCUGCACCAGCAGACGCCUCCGAAGCUCACCGCUUACCUGCCGGCCAUGUCGGAAGACGACGAGGACUGCUAUGGCAAUUAUGACAAUCUCCUGAGCCAGUUUGGCUGCAUGCAGUUGUCCUUGUCCUCCUCCUCACACUCCUUGUCAGCCUCGGACGUGGGCCUGCCCCAGAGGUCAGGCAGCAACAUAGAGCAGUACAUCCAUGAUUUGGACUCGAACUCCUUUGAACUGGACUUACAGUUUUCCGAAGAUGAGAAGAGGUUGUUACUGGAGAAGCAGGCUGGCGGAAACCCUUGGCACCAGUUUGUAGAAAAUAAUUUAAUACUAAAGAUGGGCCCGGUGGAUAAGCGGAAGGGUUUAUUCGCACGACGACGACAGUUGUUGCUCACAGAAGGACCACAUUUAUAUUACGUGGAUCCUGUCAACAAAGUCCUGAAAGGUGAAAUUCCUUGGUCACAAGAACUUCGACCAGAGGCCAAGAAUUUUAAAACGUUCUUUGUGCACACGCCUAACAGGACGUAUUAUCUGAUGGACCCCAGCGGGAACGCACACAAGUGGUGCAGGAAGAUCCAGGAGGUUUGGAGGCAGCGAUACCAGAGCCACCCAGAUGCCGCUGUGCAGUGACGUGGCCUGCGGCCGGGCUGCCUUCGCUGCCAGGACACCUGCCCCAGCGCGGCUUGGCCGCCAUCCGGGACGCUUCCAGACCACCUGCCAGCCAUCACAAGGGGAACGCAGAGUCGGAAACCUUGUAGCAUUUUUAUUUAAAAGAAAAGAAGAAAAAACACACCCAACCACACAAAGAACAAAACCAGUAACAAACACAAAGGAAUUCA